UACAACACUAACAAACUCCUGAAACCCUAGAGGACAAAAAUCGGAAACAAAAAACACCCACCAUUUUCCACCACCAAGCAAUAAAGCCACCAAAACCCUGAGCACAACCUAAUCAUCCCGAACCCCGCCGCUCAAACCCUAAACACAGCACACAAACCCCAAAAAUGACAACCCGUUUCAAGAAGAACCGCAAGAAGAGAGGCCAUGUAAGCGCAGGGCACGGCCGUAUCGGAAAGCACAGAAAGCAUCCAGGAGGUCGCGGAAACGCCGGAGGUAUGCACCACCACAGAAUUCUUUUCGACAAGUACCAUCCGGGGUAUUUUGGUAAAGUUGGUAUGCGUUACUUCCAUAAGCUGCGUAACAAGUUCUAUUGUCCAAUUGUUAACAUAGACAAGCUAUGGUCAAUGAUACCUGAGGAUGUGAAGGAUAAAGCUAACAAAGAUAAUGUGCCUUUGCUUGAUGUUACUCAGUUUGGGUACUUUAAGGUUUUGGGUAAAGGUGUUUUGCCUGAGAAUCAGCCUAUUGUUGUUAAGGCUAAACUUGUUUCUAAAAUUGCUGAAAAGAAGAUUAAAGAGGCCGGUGGUGCUGUUGUUCUUACUGCCUAGGUUUAGGGUUAGGGCUCAUUUGUGGAUGUUGUUCUUAAAUUUUUGGAGUUGUUUUAAGAGGUUACUUUUGUUAUAAUGUCUGGAUAUUUUAAUAGUACUGAUUUAAUAUGUUUUGCAAUUCUACUUCUA